UUACCAAAAUGGGUUUCUUAUAAUUUUAUAUGCGAAGAUUACAACAAAUGAAUCAUGAAAUUAAAUAAAUAGCUAUAUAACUGGUGGCUGAACCCCUUUUCUAAGCCAUUCUAACCUAUUCCUAAUCAUGUAUUCUCAUCCAAACCUGCUUAAAACAAAGCAAUCUCACCAAACCUUAAAACACCCUUUUGUAUGCAAGCCUUUAUAUGCACCUAAGUCGCUUACAGAAGAGCAGCGGCGACAGCGGCGGCGACCACGAAUCCGAAACCACGCUCUACGUGAGCAGCUGCCGCGGUCGGGAUUGUAGGAUAGCCGGUGGUGGUGGUGGAAGACUGGGCCGGAGGAGAAACGGGGCUACCAGUGCCGACAGAGGACUGAGGUACCUCAGUGCUGACGCUGGGCACAAUGGUAGGGUACGGCACCGGGGUGAUGACGGAAGUAAUCAAGCUGCUGGGGCCGGUCGGGUAUCCAGUGGGGAAAGGCGUGGAGGUGAAAGUCGGGAAGGGCGAGAAAGACUUGGUCGGGUACGGGGUGAGAGUCACAGUCGGGUAAGGAGUGAAAGUCUCGCUUGGGGAAGGAGUCUCACCCGGAGUCUCAACCGGACCGGUAGGGUAGGGAGUUUCACCGGGGGUCUCAACCGGGCUAGUGGCGGAGGGAGUCUCGCCGGGUGUUUCGACCGGACUGGUAGGGUAAGGUGUCUCACCAGGGGUCUCAACUGGGCUGGUUUCGGCUGGGCCAGUAGGAGAAGGGGUCUCUCCAGGGGUCUCAAUUGGGCCUGUAGCAGAGGGGGUUUCGCCCGGAGUCUCAACCGGGCUAGUGGGGGAGGGAGUCUCGCCAGGGGUCUCGACGGGACCAGUGGGGUAAGGGGUGAGAGUCUUGGUAACGGUAGGAAUCUCAGUCUCGGUCACAGGGCAGAUGGUGGUACCAACAGAGAUAGUCUCAGUGGUAGUAUGCGGCUGACCAGGCUUGCCGGGGCAGUUGGUAACCUCAGGUCCGCAAGAAGUGAUAGUGCGGGUAGCGGUAGAGUAGAUGGUCGAGGUGGAGUACUUCGUAGUAGGGACAGAUGUAGGGUAUCCAGGAGCAGUGGGGGUGGAAGAAGGGUAUCCCUCGGUCGCGCUGGUGGUCGGUAGCUCCCCGGAUGUGUUGGAGGUGGGAUAUCCGGGAGCAGUGGGGCUGGAAGACGGAUAUCCCUCAGUUGCGCUGGUGGUCGGUUGCACCUCAGUUGCGCUGGUUGUCGGUUGCACUUCGGAUGUGCUGGAGAUGGGAUAUCCAGGAGCGGUGGGGCUGGAAGACGGGGAUCCUUCGGUUGCGCUGGUGGUCGGUAGCUCCCC